AUGAGUUUGUCUUCCAUAGCAAGACGACUAUGUUGUUCAAGACAGUCAUCCACAAGUCGACUUUCAGUAGUUUUGGCUCGUCUGCACAGCACCGAGGCCGCAAAAGACACUGGUGCUAAGAGGUACAAGUAUCCUGAAGUCUAUGACCCAUAUGGGCCUAUGCCACCAGCAUCAGAGAAAGUUGUGGGUCUAGCGGACCGCAUUGCCGCUCUUCCUCCUGAGGAGAUCAAGCAGAUAGCUCCAGCUCUCCUUCUCAGGCUGAACCAGCCAGCACCACAGGCAAUUUCUGGCCAGGGUUUUAGUAUGGGUUCUCAAGGUGGUGCAGGUGCUGGCGCCGCGAAGUCUGAAGAGAAAAAGGCUGAGAAGUUAGUAUUCGAUGUCAAGUUGGAGAAAUUUGACGCUGCUGCAAAGAUUAAGAUUAUCAAGGAGAUCAGAACGUUUACUGAUUUGGGGCUGAAGGAUGCAAAGGAGCUGGUGGAGAAGGCCCCUGUCAUUCUAAAGCAGUCACUCACGAAGGAGGAAGCGGAAGCGAUCAUCGCAAAGAUCAAGGCAGCUGGUGGUGUUGCUGUGAUGGAGUGA